UCGCCUGUGACGUCGCUAACAACAUGGCAGUGGCCGCUUGUUCGUGAUGUGUGUUGAUAACUGUCUCUUAAUUUGGGCAUGUUCGAUCCCUCUGCGUGUCUUAUGAAGACUGUGCUGUGACCUGCAGUGACAAGUCGCGAGGACGUGUGCCGGGGCCUUCGGUAUUGAGAACCCGUGAUGUUGGUGCCCUGAAAAGCGAGUGUCAAAUGACCAUGGUGACGGAUAGGUUAGGCCUUGGGCUAAGCUGAGUGGCCGAAACACCCGUGUUUUAGUCGCCCCAAGUUGGAACUUGCCGUGCUUCUUGCCUGAAAAUGCUUCUCUGAGACUGCGGACGUGGGGGCCCAUGUCUGCGGAGGAACGUACAGGCGAGGGGAACGAUGCCAAGGUGGACAUCAACACCUCUUCGGUCGACGACCUGGCAGGGGUCGUUGGCCUGGGGAGGGCAGCUGCCGAAGCCAUUGUGGCAGCUCGUAGGGUCAUUGCAGGAGGUUUCAACCGAGUUGAGGACUUGCUGGCUGUACCUGGAGUGGACGUGUCUUUGCUGCAAGAGCUACAGCUCAGCCUAACAUGCAGUCCGAGGGAGAAUCUACCCAAGGACACUCAGGGAACCAGGUGGGGCAGUGGGAGCAGCAGCAGCUGUGGCAGCAGAGACGAGCUUGCCACUCCUUCGAAGGUCGAGGCGACGUCGUUGGCGACUUCGGUAAACAGAUUGCUUCAUUCAGAGGGGCUGCCGACAAGCGAUGACGAUGAAGGUAGCUGCUCCUCUGUGGAAGACAUGGCCGAGGGCGACGAUGACCAAGCAGCACUUUCUUUGGCAGGCAGUCAGCUGAAGCGUAAGCGGGAAGAAGUUAAACGGCCGGGAGGCAAGAAGCCAUGCGGCUGGGAGGCAAGUUACACGGCUGUAAGUGAGGGAACUGCCACUGCUGCCGGAACUGCUGCUGGAACUGCUGCUGCUGCUGUCACAACACCUGCACAAAGCCGAGACGUUGCACCGCCCGCACCGACUCGGCGCACGAGGCACCCAUCUACGCUAGUUCAACCACCAAAGCUUGAUGCUUGGCUCAGCACUUUCCAGUCAUGGAGCCAUUCGGAGCGACUUGUAGCGCUCGAUCAGCUGAUUGAAGGCUGCGAACCAGGCCAGGUGCGUCACAUGAUGAAUGUCAUCGAGCCACAAUUCCAAAGGGAUUUCAUCUCCCUUCUGCCCAAAGAGCUGGCACUGUAUGUGCUGUCAUUCCUGGAGCCUCGAGACCUGCUGCGUGCGGCGCAGACAUGCCACUAUUGGCGCAUCCUGGCGGAGGACAACCUGCUGUGGCGCGAGAAGUGCAGAGAGGCCGGCCUAGAUGACGUGCAGGAGGUGCUUGGCCGACGACUAUCUUCCUGCUCCGUGUCUCCGCCAUCUCCAAGCUCCGUAGCUCCUAUACCAUGGAAGCUGGCAUUCAUGCGGCACCACUACGUUGAAAUGAACUGGCGCUGCAAGCCCAUACGAGAACCCAAGGUGCUGCGUGGCCAUGAGGACCACGUCAUCACAUGCCUACAGUUCUCGGGCAACCGUAUUGUGAGUGGCUCGGACGACAACACCCUCAAGGUUUGGUCGGCAACGUCGGGGCGCUGCUUGCGCACUCUCAUUGGCCACACGGGUGGUGUAUGGUCGUCGCAAAUGGCUGGCUCUUUAGUAGUGAGCGGCUCCACCGACCGCACCCUCCGUGUCUGGAAUGCUGACACGGGCAUGUGCCUGCACACUCUCUACGGGCACACAUCGACAGUGCGAUGCAUGCACUUGUAUGGAAACAAGGUGGUGAGUGGGUCUCGAGACGCAACGUUGCGAGUCUGGGACCUCGAGACCGGAGAGUGCCUGCACGUGCUCGUGGGUCACGUUGCAGCCGUCCGGUGUGUUCAGUACAAUGGGCGCCUGGUGGUCAGUGGAGCGUACGACUACAUGGUCAAAGUGUGGGACCCACGAAGAGAGGAAUGCCUUCACACAUUGCAGGGUCACACAAACCGGGUGUACUCACUGCAGUUUGAUGGGGUACACGUAGUCAGUGGCUCCCUGGACACGUCGAUCCGGGUGUGGGAUGUAGAAACGGGUGCCUGCCGGCACCAGCUCAUGGGUCACCAGUCGCUUACAUCUGGCAUGGAGCUUCGAAACAACAUUCUUGUCUCAGGAAACGCCGACUCUACGGUCAAAGUCUGGGACAUUGUGACCGGCCAGUGCCUGCAAACUCUCGCUGGAGCCCACAAGCACCAAAGUGCGGUGACAUGUCUUCAGUUCAACUCCAAGUUUGUGGUCACCUCAUCGGACGAUGGCACUGUGAAACUGUGGGACCUUCGGACGGGUGAAUUCUUGCGCAACCUUGUGGCCCUGGAGUCCGGUGUCGGGGGCGUCGUGUGGCGCCUUCGUGCUUCCUCCACCAAGCUGGUGUGUGCGGUGGGCUCGCGAAACGGCACUGAAGAGACGAAGCUGCUCGUUCUGGACUUUGAUGAGCCUAAGUGACGGGCCGUGCAACGCAGCGCGUUACCUCCCAACGUCCCAGACAAGUGCCAAAGGAAAUUGGCCGCAUGUACCACUCUGCGUGUGUGCCACUCGAGGGCUCUCUACCAUAGGAGAUUGCCAAGACCCUCUCCCCCCAUUGCCCCAGCUU